AUGGGUAAGGGUACUCCAUCUUUAGGUAAGAAGCACGUUAAGACCCACUCUUUAUGUAAGAGAUGUGGUCAAAGAUCCUUCCACAACCAAAAGAAGACUUGUGCUUCUUGUGGUUACCCAGCAGCAAAGAUGAGAAAGUACAACUGGGGUGCUAAGGCAAAGAGAAGAAGAACUACUGGUACCGGUAGAAUGACCUACUUAAAAUACGUUUCUAGAAAGUUCAAGAACGGUUUCCAAACUGAAAACUAA